AUGAGCUCCCCUCUCCCAAAAAGCGAGUCGACCACCUCUCUGCUAAGAUCAUCGGGGCUCAGCCGCAGGUCUGCGCACUCGGAUCGUGGUCCACACGGUCACCGGAGUCACCGCUCUCACGGUCACCCCACCGGAGCCGGAGGAAGCGAUGAUGCGGGCUGGACGGCAGAUUCCGAGCCGAGUGCGCGGAGACCGCUCUGCCAGCCGAGACACGCCGACCCGCGAAAUCUAGGUGAUCAGCACCGGGUGCAGAAAAGCCAUUCUCACGGGCAGGCGAGCCUGCUGGAUGAUGGUUGCGCUCAGGAAGAUGUGAUACGCGGGACGAGCCGGCAGCAGAAAGAGCGCAGCAAGUCCUCCAGGUCCAAACACUCCCAUCAUCACCACCACGACUCCACGCGAGGUGAGCUGCCUCCUGCAGCGCGUCACCAGGGCGGCUCCCGGCCGGACAGGAGGACCUCGCCGACUCCGUCUUAUCCAAAGCAUCCGGACGACGCCGCUUUCUUUUUCGAGCCCAGGGAGAGAGCCAUCACCGGGUCAUCCUCCAGCCUCAGCUCUGACCCACCUGCGACCAGCGCACCUGUCCAGCCCGCGUCCAGCCGAACAUCCAAAAGACUGAGCGCGACCUCGUCUGAAUAUGACUCUAGUCUUCAUCCCAUAGUGAAGUCAGUCUUUGGGCAGGACCGAGAGUUGAGGCCAGAAGAAAUGGAUGAGUUGCGUGAGGCUUUCAAGGAGUUCGACAAAGACAAAGAUGGGUUUAUUGGCUGUAAGGACCUGGGGAACUGCAUGAGAACUAUGGGCUACAUGCCAACAGAGAUGGAGCUAAUAGAACUGAGCCAGCAGAUCAACAUGAAUUUGGGAGGACAUGUUGACUUUGAGGACUUUGUUGAACUCAUGGGGCCCAAACUUCUGGCUGAAACUGCAGACAUGAUUGGGGUGAAAGAGCUGAGGGAUGCAUUCAAGGAGUUUGACACAAAUGGCGAUGGCCAGAUCAGUACAGCAGAACUUAGAGAAGCAAUGAAAAAACUUUUAGGACAACAGGUUGGGCACAGAGAUCUGGAGGACAUCCUACGAGACAUAGAUCUCAACGGAGAUGGACAUGUAGACUUUGAAGAAUUUGUGCGGAUGAUGUCUCGAUGAGUUUGACACAGAGAGCCAAGAUUUUAAAACAGAAGAUGGAUUCUCCGUUGGCAUGGGAGGAAUAGGAGAGAGACCAGCACAGACUACUGAUGGACCCUGAACUUCUGAACUGUCAAUGAACAAGAGAACAAAAACAUAUCAAGCCUGCCCUGACACUGCCACGCUGAAGCACAUAGGCUGACCACUACAGCCAAGAGCAACAGUGUUGAUUAUAUACUGCUGCUGUUUCUUCAAGCAUAAACAAAACCAAGAGCUGCAUUUCUGACUUUUACAAAGUAUAUUUUAAAAAGCAUAUUUUCCUUUAGUGAAGAAAUUUCUAAUGCGGAUGUGGUUGUUGACCCAAUGGGUAAAGGGUAAUGUAAUGUUUGACAUAUUUUGCUCAAACAUUUUACCAUUGUUGUUAGUAACAGUAGCAAUUAAGAUGACAUAUUUUCGACUACAGCAGUAUGCCAGCAAACACCCCACAAAUGCAACACAUUCCUUUCUAAUGCUGAGAAGCACAAAUAGAAUAUGGCAAUAUGGAAAUAUUUCAUGUGAGCCUGUCAAAGCUGUGUUUUUGUGUUUUGUGCAUACUCUUGUUUCUCUCCAACCCAUACUGUAGAGUUAUUAUCUCCCUUAAGACUAUUGUCCAACCCUGGUUAAGGCAAGCCAAUAGUUGUUUUGUAAUUAUGUGUAAUGUAGCACUGAUGCAGUUUUUCUGAC